AUUCUUUUGAUCUUGUAUUGAAGAAUAAAAGAGAAGCGAGCAAUGGUAGGGUCGAGGCAGGGCGUGCCAGUGCCUUCAUGGAUAAGUGCAGCAGCGGCAACAAGAGUUGAUUUAGAGGGAAACGUUUCCUCUGUUUCCGAAAAUAUGUUUCAAGAAGGUAAAGAAGAACAUUCACAAUUACAACCAUCUAUAGCCGUCAAAAAUGAUGUCAAUUUGGGUUUUGGAGAGAGGGCUUUCUCUGCAGCUGGUGCCGCUAUUGUCUCUGCCAUUAUAGUUAACCCUCUCGAUGUUGCUAAGACAAGGUUGCAAGCACAGGCUGCUGGAGUACCUUACCGGGAUUUAGUUUGUACCGCGUGUUUCGAAAGUAAUGUGAUGCUUCCAGAUCUGAGAAAUUCUCCAUCAUGCACACGUGUAGCUAGUGGCAGGGAACCAGCUCCAGAAUGUAGUCGGUAUAAAGGAACACUAGAUGUCUUCUACAAAGUCAUACGACAGGAAGGAUUUGCUAGACUAUGGAGAGGCACCAAUGCAAGCUUAGCAUUGGCUGUGCCAACAGUGGGGAUUUAUCUGCCUUGCUAUGACAUUUUUCGUAAUCUGAUGGAAAACUUCACAGCAUGCAAUGCUCCAACCUUGACACCAUAUGUCCCAUUAGUUGCAGGUUCCGUUGCACGAUCAUUAGCAUGUGUUGCUUGUUACCCAGUUGAAUUAGCAAGGACCCGCAUGCAGGCAUUUAAAGAAACACAAAACGGUGUGAAGCUUCCAGGAGUAUGGAAAACACUAGUUGGCGUUGUGAAUCCAGUUGGUAGCACAAAUAACAUUCAAAACUUACAAAACUACCGCAUCUUGUGGACUGGUCUUGGAGCACAACUUGCUCGUGAUGUUCCUUUCUCUGCAAUUUGUUGGUCAACCCUUGAGCCAAUCAGGAGAAAUAUUCUUUCUCUGGUGGGUGAUGAGGCCACAGCAACCAGUGUCCUGGGGGCAAAUUUCACAGCUGGUUUUGUUGCAGGAACCCUUGCAGCUGCUGCUACAUGUCCCCUAGAUGUUGCAAAGACACGACGUCAAAUAGAGAAGGAUCCUACUAGGGCAUUAAAAAUGACUACAAGGCAGACAUUGAUGGAGAUCUGGAGGGAUGGAGGAAUGAAAGGACUAUUUACAGGAGUAGGUCCCCGUGUUGGUCGUGCGGGUCCAUCUGUUGGGAUGGUAGUUUCUUCCUAUGAAGUUGUUAAGUAUGCUUUAAAUCGCAGACAUCAACUCGAAUAAUAGAAAUAUGGGUUGAUAGUGCCGAUCUAUCAGUUUGAGGAAUAUUAUUUCCAUGUACAAUGCGAUUAGAAUGCUAUGCAUUAUCAUAGACACCUUUUACUCGACGGAAGGAUGAAACGAAAUUUGAAUGUUUCUGGGAGGCAAUCAAAUCCUCUUCCUGGGGCCUGCAAAGUGUAAACGCCAGGACAUAGCACAUUUCAAUGCUGACUGACAGAAAGCUUCUUUGUUGAAAUUAAAAUAAAUAAAUAAAUAAAUUAAAAAAAGAGGCUGCGACACAUUUUCUUUUAUAAAGUUUAACUUCAUCAAAGCUCCGGUACAAGUCAACGACUUUUUUGUUCUUUUUUUUCCCGUUCGAGAGAGUUACAAAUCAUCGUAUCAGAAGACUCUUGGAUUGGAUUUUCUUAUAUAUUAUAAACUCUUGAAGUGAAGGAUAAUUUUCCGUCUAAAAGUUCUGUUUACCGCUUUUGUAUUAAUACUAUA